GGCGGGGUAGGCUGCAUCAAAACAGUGUCCGAUAAUACAACAAACACCGACACGUUUGACAGCAGCUCUAAAAACACCAGAGCAGCCUCGAUCUCUUUGAUUAAACAAAGUCAUUUGAAAAAUUCUGCUUUUUUAGUCCAUCUAUAAAUGGCUUGUUUUGGCGGCUGUCGCUGGCAGUUGUGAGCCUCUGUGGUGCCCAGCUUCCUGUUAGCUGCCUCUGAAAAGGUUUCAACAUGCUGCGGGAGAGCUCCAAGGCCUGGAGCAAUGGCUCGGAGGCCUGCAGCAGUGAUCCUGAGGAGGAGGAGGAGGAGGAGGAAGAAGAGGACAUGGUGUUUGGGGAGACUGAUCAGGACGGCGUGGCGGAGGAGAUGAUGGAUCUGAGCGACCUCCCCACGGCGCUAUUUGCGUGCGGCGUCCACGAAGCCGUGUUCGAAGAGGUUGUACACAGGGAAAGGUUCGAGGCAUUGUUUAGGAUCUACGAUGAACAGACAACUUUCCAGAUGUUCAAAAGCUUCCGGAGAAUCCGGAUCAACUUCAGCACCCCAGAGGCCGCUGCCCGCGCUCGCAUCGAGCUGCACGAGUCCGAGUUCAAUGGCAAGAAGCUUAAACUCUACUUUGCCCAAGUCCAGAACGGUGACGAGGACAUCGACAAGUCAUACCUGGCCCCUCCCCAGCCCGUCAAACAGUUUCUGAUCUCGCCCCCUGCGUCGCCACCCGUGGGCUGGAGCCAGAGCGAAGAUGCUACGCCCGUCAUCAACUACGACCUGCUGUGUGCAGUAGCAAAGCUAGGACCUGGUGAAAAAUAUGAGCUCCACGCAGGGACAGAGUCCACCCCCAGCGUGGUCGUCCACGUGUGCGAGAGCGAGACGGAAGAGGACGACGCAGCGCGGCCAAAGCAGCAGAUCGUCCAGACCAGACGUCCCGACGGACCCCCCAAAGUUUUCAACUAGAGAGGCCUCACCCCCCGACACCGGCGCGGCCCCCGACCGCCCCUUAAACCCGCAACACACCUGCCCUCUCUCUCUCGUCUCUGCACUCACAGAGAGCGUUGAUGCCCCUCAUUUCAGUUCAACUACAAGCAAAAACAAACCAACAAACAUUGCUCAAAGACGGUGUUUGUGGGGAGCGUGGCGAUGGAAUGAGGCGGCUUGAAGGGGAUGGAUGAGAAUCACACACACACUCAUCACAUUCUGCGGACAGCGUGGGGAGCGGUGGGCAUGCUUUGCCUCCACCCCACCAACCCCACCUAGUUUUCAGCAAGAGGGGUCGAAAUACCUGUCCCAACGCAGGCACCUGUCACUUAUCUCACACGCACACACACACACGCACACACUCAGCUCUCAUUGCUAGUCCUGCUUAGUAGCGUGCUAGUUAGCUUGUUAGCUUGUACCUCUCCCUUCCUCUCACAGCGUACAAUGUUCUUCAGUUGAGGUAUAUGUGAUACCUCUAAACAAAGACAUUUCUUCUUCUUCUUUUUUAUUUACAAAAAAAUUGUUUUCAGGUUAUAUAUAUAUAUAUACAUGUGUAUAUUUUUUCUUCUUUUUCAUCCAUUUUCAUAUCUGCUGAUUUGUCACUUUAGCUCGCAUCAAGAUUGAGUGUGUGAUGUUCCCGCUCUUGUCUGCAUGUAUAUACUGUAUUACAAAAAAAAUUGCAUACGGAAACACAAAUACUAACAAGAUAUAUCAAGAAAAAGGAACCUAUUUAACAUCACACACGGCACGAAGCACCAUAUGUGACUAACAAAUUUGUGGUGGUUGUUUGAUUCUCUUUUUUUGUUUUGUUUUUUUGCUCGUUUUGGCUUUCUGUCUUUUUUUAUUUGGAGAGGUGUUGUUUUUUGGCUAAACUACUAGAUGUGUAUUCUUACAGUGUAUUUGAUACCCCAACACUUUUUGCAUGCUUAGUUACUUCUGUAGAUGAUGAGCUGAGGUGUUUUUUUUUAGUCGUCGUUUGUGAUGACAGGGAAACAGUGUGACGCUUUUGACGCAAGUGCAAAGUAUAAAGUGACGAAAAAAAGCUGAAUGAUUUUCUUUUACUUGGAAAAUUGACAGUUCAGUCUUCAAGUUGAUGGUAAAGUAGCAUUUAUCGCUUCUGUUGGGAUUUGAUGGAGAAGGGACAGUUCAUUUCCCCCCUCACUUUCUUCAAGGGGUUCGAGAUGUUGAUUUUAUUUUUCUGAUUCUGUUUGUCGUAUUUCACAUCUUUAAUGGUUUCAGGUUGUUUUAUUUUUUUUUUUCUGAAACCUAAAGCUGCUUGUUUUGCACUGAGUAUCUCUUGAUAUCUCCAAGCAAUUGCGGGGCUCUCGACCGUCUCCUGCUGCGCACCAGAAUACUGCGCUGCUUCUAGCUGUACAUAGCCGAGUGGUAGAUUUGUGGAAAUAGUCCAUUUAGAUUUUGUUUACCUGAAAGCAUUUUGCUGAGAAAAGGGAACAUUAGGUAGCCUCAUGAGUUAUCAACCAAAGCGUUCACUCACCUCAUAUUGUCAUGAUAACACAAAAUCAUUUUUCUUACUUGGAGACUCUGAUGUAUAUUGUUAAAGUGAGCAGAAAGAAAUCAUAUUUUUCCAACAUAGGAGUAUGAAUUUUUAUUGCAUUUCUUUUUUUUUAAUUUUCAUAUAAGCACCCAUAGUUCAGUGGAAACUCAAACAAACAUCCACUACAACUCAUACUCAAUACUUACAUAUUUUUCCAUUUUUUGGUCAAGAGUCCCAUAGCAUAUCAUCAGUGUAUCACCUGCUCAUUUCAAGAAUUUCCCUCCAGGGAUUAAUAAAG